AUGUUCUUCCUCGGGGACUUUUUUGUUACAUGUAUGCUCCGCGGAAAAGGAACGAAAUUCAAUGGUCUAAAUCUGCGACUUCUGUGUCUGGAACUGUGGGAAAUUUCUAGCAUUGACUUAAAUCAGUAUGGGGAUGUAGCUCAAAUGGUAGAGCGCUCGCUUUGCAUGCGAGAGGCACGGGGGUCUCUCAUUUUAGUUUUUCUUAGACCAUCUGCAAAUAUUGAAGUGCUGAAAUUGGCUGGAUUCAUGAUGGAAGCUGUCUCUUUCAUAUCUGAGCAAUUAUCUUCUGAGGAUUGUGACUCUCUUACCAGGGAAGUUUUGGUAGAGGAAGUGAAGCAGGCUGUGUUUUCAAUAGGCUCUGAUAAGGCAGCUGGCCCUGAUGGGUAUAAUAGUUUUUUCUACAAAUCAACAUGGGAUAUCUUAAGUGCUGAUCUAACUAAAGCUAAUCAGUCUGCCUUUGUGCCUAAAAGAUGUAUUGCCCAUAAUAUAAUGUUGGCUCAUGAGUUAGUUAAAAACUAUCAUAGGAAUAAUGGUACUCCUAGGUGUCUUCUUAAAAUUGACCUUAGGAAGGCUUAUGAUUCAAUUUCUUGGGAUUUUGUGGAGGAAAUGCUCAUAGGCCUUAACUUCCCUAAUAGUUUCAUUACUCUUGUGAUGAAUUGUAUCAGAACCCCUACUUUCAGUGUUUCUUGGAAUGGUAACCUAGGUGAGAAAUUCAGUUCUUCUAAAGGCUUGAGACAAGGGGACCCUAUGUCUCCCCUUAUUUUUGUUAUGUGCAUGGAUUACCUCUCUAAGAUGCUGUCCAAUGUCAACAAUGAUUUUCAGUACCAUUCAGGGUGUAAGAAGCUUAAUUUGAAUCAUUUAAUAUUUGCUGAUGAUUUACUCCUCUUUUGUCAUGGUGAUAAAAACUCUAUAGCUGUUCUUAAUGAUAAGCUGAAGUGUUUUAAAGAAACUUCAGGUCUGAGUGUCAAUGUUAACAAAAGUCAACUGUUUUGUUGCAAUGUUGAUAAUACUGUGAAGGAUGAUAUGUUGAGGAUUUUGGGGUUUAAAGAGGGUAUUCUGCCUAUGCGUUACCUAGGGAUUCCUCUGAUUUCAACUAGAUUAACUAAGGAGGAUUGCAAGGGUAUUGUGAAGAAGAUUACAGGGAGGAUUCAUAGCUGGACCAGCAAGUCCUUGUCCUAUGCAGGUAGGAUUCAGCUCAUCAACUCUGUGCUCAUGAGUAUGCACAUCUUUUGGGCUUGCAUUCUGCUCCUUCCCAAGAGUGUGUGUAAAGAUAUACAAAGAAUAUGUGCUAGAUUCUUGUGGUCUGGUAAGAAUGAAGGCAACUACAAUGCUAUGGUCUCAUGGGAGGAUAUCUCAAAGCAGAAGUCAGAAGGAGGGCUAGGUGUGAAGAAUAUCCAUGUUUGGAAUAAAGCUGCCAUUACUAAGCAUAUUUGGCAGAUUUAUAACUCUCCCGACUCUCUAUGGGUGAAAUGGAUUAAGAUUAACAAGAUAAAAGAUAGAAGCUUUUGGAAGGUUAACUGCAAUGACAAAGCCAGCUGGAUUUGGAGAGGGAUUCUCAAAAUUAGACCUGAUGCCAGAAAAGUGAUUGAUUACAGAAUGGGGGAUGGGUCUAGAACUGAAUUCUGGAAUGACCCUUGGAUUCAGGGCUGCACCUUGAUGGAAAAAUUUCCUAGGGUUAAGAUGAAAGACACAGACAUUCAAAGGAAUACUAAAGUUGCUGCUCUUUGGAGAAAUAACAGAUGGGAUUUACCUGACCCUAGUGAUGAAGCUACUGAUGAAGCUUGGGAUUACAUUAAGCUGAAUUACAGUCUCAACUGCAAUGCUGAAGAUAAAAUUGAAUGGAAAGUUGUAGAUCACAACAAUUUUUCCAUUAGCAAAACUUGGAAAGAGUAUAAAAACAGUUUUGAUGGGGUGCCCUGGUUUAAAAUUGUCUGGGGGAAGAACUCUAUCCCCAGACACAAUUUCAUCUUAUGGUUGGCUUUAAAGUGCAGGCUCAAGACUAAAGAUAAGCUUAAAGCUUGGGGGGUAACUACAGAUGACCAUUGUGAGCUGUGUGGGAAUGGGAGAGAAACCAUUGAUCACUGUUUUUUUGAUUGUACCUUUGCUGCUGAAGUGUGGAGGAAUAUGAGACCCAUUUGCAGAAUGUAUCAGCAGAUUAACUCAUGGAGAAGGCUCAUAAGUUGGUUUACCAGGAAAGCUACUGGAAAAAGCACUCUUGCCAAUAUUAGAAGAGUUACCCUUGCUGCAGUGGUAUAUACCUUAUGGAACACCAGGAACAGGAAAAUAUUUCUGAAGGAAGACAGUGUGCCCAGCAUUGUUGUGAAGAGAAUCAGAAGUAUUCUUUUGGACAAAUUCAAUGGUUACAGUAAUAGUAACACUCUCACUAGGGUUAAGGUUAGCUGGGUUGUUUCUUUCUGGUGCAAGGCUGAGGCUUCUGUAACAGUCUUUCUGCAGAAAAGGAUCUUGGAUUUUUUAGUUGCUGUUGCUGCUGUGUUGCUUUCUGCCUAG